UUUCCUCUUUUUGGAGGUAAAAAAUGUUUCUCACAUGACAGAAAUAUCCGUUUCCGGUAUUUUCACAGAAACGUCAAAAUGUCAGGAAAAGAAAGACUUAACAUAUUUCCUAGUCGAAUGGCUAUGGCCAACAUGAAGCAGAGGUUGAAAGGGGCUCAGAAAGGUCACAGUUUACUGAAGAAGAAAGCUGAUGCAUUAACCAUGAGGUUUAGACAGAUAUUAAAGAAAAUUAUUGAGACAAAGAUGAAGAUGGGAGAUGUAAUGAAGGAAUCAGUGUUCUCACUUGCUGAGGCCAAGUUCACUACAGGAGACUUCAAUCAUGUUGUUCUACAAAAUGUUAACAAAGCUCAGCUUAAAGUACGAUCAAAGAAAGACAAUGUAGCAGGUGUUCAGUUGCCUGUAUUUGAGCAUUAUGCAGAUGGUGUAGACAGCUAUGAGCUGACAGGGUUGUCCAGAGGAGGUCAGCAAAUUGACAAGUUAAAGAAAAACUAUGCAAAAGCUGUAGAACUUCUAGUGCAGUUAGCUUCCUUACAGACCUCAUUUGUUACACUAGACGAGGUCAUCAAAAUAACAAAUAGGAGAGUAAAUGCCAUAGAACAUGUGAUUAUUCCUAGAAUAGAGAACACCAUAUCUUAUAUCACAACUGAAUUAGAUGAGAGAGAAAGAGAAGAGUUCUUCAGAUUAAAGAAGAUUCAAGAGAAAAAGAAGAAGUUGCGAAAGGAAGCAGAAGAAUUGAAGGAAAAGUUUCGAGCCCAGGGUAUAGAAGUGGAGCAACCUGAUAGUAUACUAGAUGAAGGACAUGAUGAAGAUUUGUUAUUUAAUUAGCGAUAAUUUCUAGGGGGGAAAUAACAAAAAAUAAUUGUCAUUCCUUAUGAGCAAAGGUUAGGCUUUCUUCCUGUUUGGAGGAACUUACGCUAGUGUUAGAGAUGUUUUUAUUCAGUUGUUAUUUAAUGUAAUCAAGAAGUUAAGACAAGAUAUAGUGAUGGAUAUUGUAGAUAAGAGGCUGUAGGUAAAAGAGUAUAUCUGUGGUUACUCACACACAUUUCAAGACGGUGGGUAGUUGAGAUGACCUGACAUAUAUGUUAAGGUAUUAACAAUGUGCUUUAAAACAGUGGCAUUGAUUCAGUUGGUAUUACCUGGUAACUUCUUUAGUAGGAUAUAUGUAUUUGCAUAGUUAAUAAUGUUUCUAAAGCAAGGUUACACAUGUGAUAUCAAGUGGAAUACAUUUUGAAUGGAUGAAUGUUUUCAGAUGGUAACUUUAUAUAAUUGUGAAAGUAUUUUUGUUUUCACUUUGGCCAUGGUCAUGUCAUCAUACAGUUUUGACAUAGUAAUUGGAAAACUUCAGGAAAAUAUGUGAAUAUACAGUCAAACUUCGUUCGCUCGAACUCAGACAAUUCAUACACCGCCCUUUACUCGAACUCAUGGUUAGGUCCCGGGAAAAUCCCUGUGUAAUGUAUAUUAUUCGUUGGCUCGAACUACUGAUAUCUCGAACAAAUUCUGUCGGUCCCAACAAGUUCAAGUUAACAAGGUUCUGCUGUACUUUAAAAAGUUAUUCCAUUUCUCCUAGUUCGUACAGAUCUUAAUCUUUUGUAAAUUUGACCACAUGCUAAAUGAAGAUCAAGAUUUGUGUACUACUGCUAGUUCUGUUAUGACAAACCAUAUUUUAAUGGUGGCAUUUAUGUUGACCUACUUAUAGUGCACUACCAUAAUAUUAACAUUCUUCUUUAUAUAUGACAUAAUAAAACUGAGGUAGUAUAUAGCAGAAGUGUAAAUCAGUUUGUUUAAACACUUUAUAAAUCAGUCAUAUACUGCAGGGAAUUAUUCACUCCGGAUAUGCCCUUGCAAAGUUAAACACACCUGCAAUAUAUUUAUGUUAAAUAUUAUAAUUUUUGAUAUUUGUUAUAAAGGUAAAUAUAUACUUUAAACUUGACAAAAACCUGUAUAGUUAGACCAUUCAAUCUGUUUAAUGCUUCUCUUCACUGAAAUCCUAAGAAUACAUUUUGGAGAGUGGAUGUAUGGACCUGUGAUCCUGAGCUGAUGUUCAUGAAAGAGGGUGAAUGUGCGAAUGUAUUAUUAUAUUUACAUGAAUGGGAGUAUAUCUACAAAUGCGAGCUCCUGAGCAUAUGUACACAACUGGGAGUGGAUGUAUGAAGGUGAGUUCCUGAGUGUAUGUACAUGAAUUAGAGUGAAUGUAUGAAUGCAAGAUCCGGAUUGUAUGUGCAUGAAUGGAAGUGAAUAAUAUAUAUGAAUGUGAGAUACUGAGUAAAUUUACAUGAAUGGGAGUGGAAUAAUGAAUGUAAGAUCCUAAGAAUAUAUGAAUGAGAAGAGAUUUAUGAAUGUGACAUCCUUAGAAUAUAUGAAUGUGACAACCUUUCGAAAAUAUGAAUGAGAGAUUUAUGAAUGUGACAUCCUUAGAAAAUAUGAAUGAGAGGAGAUUUAUGAAUGUGAAAGUGUAUCUAGUCUUACAUGUAGCCAUGUAGGUUCUCAGUGUAAAAUAUAUGUGAAAAUUUCAGAAAUGUUUCCUUACAAUUGGAGAUCACCUUUUUGCCUGUAAGUAAAUCUAAAAAAGCUGUAAAAAUACUUUUUGAAAUAAAGACUCAUUUUAUAAAUGUCUUGAUUAUUACACAAUUUGUCUUUAACUCUGGAUAAAAAUGAGUUUAGAUAAGUAAUGAAUUGACAUUAAACCUUGUGUAGUAUUGAUGAGGUAUGGUCUUGUAUAAGUUUACAGUAAUUUCUUAAAGUCUCAGUGGUCAUGAAUGCAAUGUUUAUCCAAGAGAACACUGAUGUUUUCAUUAUGGUGUAUAUAUUACAUUCUCAGAUAUCUAUGAUAGGCUAGAAAGGACACAGGAAAUUCUUCACGCAAGUACAUAGAAUGAAAUAAUGGUUUUGACCUUUGGAUGUUGGUUUUUUCCCAGCAGCCAAAUGACUCCAAAUGAUACAACUUUGUCUUUAUAUUAAGUAUUAUCAUAACAGUUUUAGAAUUAUACAUAAAAAAGUUUGUAUAUGCUCAGCAGGUAAAAUAAGACACACAGUCCUUUAACUUUCUUGUGGUAGGUGGCAUUUAUCCUUUGAAAAUAUUUAUAAUAGAUAACAUUUAUUUCAUGAGUAAUGUGUAUAUAUGGAAGAAUCACCAAUUGAUUUGUAGUAUUUGGAGAAAGAAAAAAAAAAUGUACAUAGGAAUUAAUUCCAAUGAAAUUUACUGUGAUUUUAUAUAUGUUCGUGUCUAUAUAUUGACAAAUGUAUUAUGUCUGUGAAAAAUAAAACAUCGAU